UUGUGUUUGUUUCUGUGGCUUGAAUUUUCUGUGCUUUUAUUUCAUGAUUACAGGGUGUCGUGAUUUAGUGCAUGACUAGAGGAAAUCAUGGAUUCAUACCACCCUUUGAUCCUGAGAUUGAUAGGACUUUUCAUAGCUUAAUUAGGCAUUCUAGGAAUUUGUCUUUAGAGUCUGUUUUUGAACCUGUUCCAUUAGAUAUUGUGCAUCCUACUGUUGAGUACUCUGUGCAUACUGCAUCUGUUGCAUCUGUACUUGAUUCUGAUUUUGAUUCUGUUGUUUUUCACACUGAGAACAAUAUGGCACAACCUCCACCUCGCGAGAGGACUUUUAGGGAGAUGGCUGCACCUGAUUUUGAUAUUGAAAGCUUGUGCAUCCAAUAUCCUGAUGAGGACGUUCCAUUUGUUCUCAAGACUGGACUGAUCCAUUUGUUGCCCAAGUUUAGUGGUCUUGCAGGUGAGAGUCCACAUAAGCAUUUGAAGGAAUUCCACAUUGUCUGUUCCAGUAUGAAACCUCAUGAUGUUCCUGAAGAGCACAUCUUCCUGAAGGCAUUCCCUCAUUCAUUGGAAAAUGUUGCUAAGGAUUGGCUAUAUGGUUUGGCGCCUAGAUCCGUCACCAAUUGGGAUGAUCUGAAGAAGUUGUUCUUAGAUAAAUUUUUCCCAGCAUCUCGGACCACAGCUAUCAGAAAAGACAUAACUGGGAUCAGGCAGACUGGUGGAGAGAACCUGUAUGAGUAUUGGGAGAGAUUCAAGACACUUUGUGCUAGCUGCCCCCACCAUCAGAUACCGGAACAACUUCUUAUUCAGUAUUUCUAUGAGGGUCUGAACAACAUGGAUCGGGGUAUGAUUGAUGCUGCUAGUGGUGGAGCCCUUGGAGACACCACACCUGUUGAGGCCAGGCGAUUGAUUGAGAAGAUGGCCUCCAACUCACAACAGUUUAGUGCCAGGAAUGAUGCCAUUGUGGUGAGGGGCGUACACGAUGUUGUUACCCAAUCUUUAUCAGUUGUUGAAAGUAAAUUGGAAAGCAAGAUUGACUCUCUCGCGAAGUUGGUGACACAGUGGACUACCAACCAGAGAUCUACAGCUCCAUCUGCAUCUGUUGCACGACUGUGCGGUAUUUGUCCUUCCACCGACCAUUAUACAGAUGCGUGUCCUUCUCUACAACACUCUGCUGCCUCUGAUGCGCCUCAGGCUUAUGCUACAAAUAUAUAUAACAACAGGCAGCCGCAACAGCAAAAUCAUGACUUGUCCACUAACAGGUACAACCCAGGGUGGAGGAAUCACCCCAAUCUUAGAUGGAACAAUACGCCACAGCAUCAGCAACAGGCACCACCUUUCCAGAAUGCUGGAGCACCUAACAGAUAUGUGCCCCCACCUAUGCAGCAACACCAAAGACAACAACAACAGCAACAACAAGAGCCACCUGCUCAAGCAGCUGCUCAACCAGCUGCCCAACCUUCCACUUCAUCUGAACCUUCAUUGGAAGAGUUAGUGAGACAAAUGACCAUUCAAAACCUACAGAUGGCGACUCAGAUAAACCAGAUGGGAGUUUCCAUACAGAGUCUCACUAACCAGAUGGGUCAGAUGGCCACUCAGAUAAAUCAGGCGCAAUCUCAGAAUUCUGAUAAGUUACCAUCCCAGACUGUGCAGAAUCCAAGAAAUGUGAGUGCCAUAACCCUCAGAUCAGGGAAGCAAAUUGUUGUACCUUCAGAGCCCGCUUCUACACCUACACCUGUGCCUGCCAUUUUUCCUAGAGAGGACGAGCAUGAUGGUCCACAUAGGACGUUUGAAGUGGGUGGAUCUUCUUCUCCAACUGAUGGUUUUUCUUCAAUAAGAUCUCCUCCGUUGUCUACCACUACCACUGCCGCACCUUCUCCAUUGGUUGACCGACCUAUCCCUCUUCCAUUUCCUUCACGGGCACUUCCUAGCAAAAAGAUGGAAGAGGUGGAUAAAGAAAUUCUGGAGACCUUCAGGAAGGUGGAGGUGAACAUACCUCUACUUGAUGCCAUCAAGCAGAUACCAAAGUAUGCAAAAUUCUUGAAGGAACUGUGCACACACAAGAGGAAGAUGAAGGGCAAUGAGAGGAUUAGCAUGGGAAGGAAUGUAUCUGCGCUUAUUGGUAAGUCGGUCCCGCACAUUCCUGAAAAGUGCAAGGAUCCAGGUAUAUUUUGCAUUCCUUGUGUGAUUGGGAAUAAUAAAUUUGAGAAUGCCAUGCUUGAUUUGGGUGCUUCUGUUAAUGUCAUGCCUUUGUCUAUAUAUGAAUCUUUAUCUCUUGGUCCUUUGCAAACCACAGGCGUGGUCAUUCAGUUGGCUAAUAGAAGUGUUACCCACCCAACAGGUUUCAUAGAAGAUGUCUUGGUAAGGGUUGGUGAAUUGAUUUUUCCUGCUGAUUUUUAUGUUCUGGAAAUGGAGGAGGGAUUCUCUCAUGGAUCCGCUCCCAUUAUCUUAGGCAGGCCAUUCUUGAAAACUGCCCGAACUAAGAUUGAUGUAUAUGCUGGAACUUUGUCUAUGGAAUUUGCUGAUAUUGUUGUUCAUUUUAAUAUCUUUGAUGCAAUGAAAUUUCCAGCUGAGGACCAUUCUCUGUUUAGGAUUGAUACAUUGGAUGACAUUAUUGAUGAAUUUGUUGUUGGAAACUUUCAUUCUGUGCAUGAGAAGAAACAUUCUUUUCUAUCUUCUUUGCAUUCAUUUAUUGAAUCUGGAUUCAAAUCAGGUUUUGAGAAUGAUGUUGAUAAUGUUAUGGAUCUUGAUGAGAAUUGUGAUGUCCAGGAUAUUGAUGCCAUGAAUGAUAUUGAUGAUGUUGUUGAUAUAUCUGAGAUGGACAUUGAUUUUGAUUGUAAUGAGAUGAGUGUUCUGCCUUUACCUGUACACUCUUUAGGGUCAGAAUGCAUUAACCAUGUUGCAGGUAGUACACUUGAAUCUGACUUGCAGGCACCCACUCUUGAGCUGAAACAGUUACCAAAUAACCUCAAGUACGUGUACUUGGAGGAUGAUGAGAAGAAACCAGUGAUCAUUUCUACCUCCCUUGAUUCUGUUCAAGAGGAGAAGUUGCUUGGUAUAUUGAGGAAGAACAAAAAGGCCAUUGGUUGGAGUUUAGCUGACAUACCUGGUAUUAGCCCAUCCACAUGCAUGCAUAGAAUUCUUUUGGAAGAUGAGGCAAAGCCAGUGAGACAGCCACAAAGAAGGCAAAACCCCGUGAUCAUGGACGUCAUCAAGAAGGAGGUGACCAAGCUUUUGCAGGCUGGGAUCAUCUAUCCUAUUUCAGACAGUCAAUGGGUGAGCCCCAUCCAUGUUGUGCCCAAGAAAACUGGCCUCACCGUGGUGAAGAAUGAGAGGGAUGAACUUAUCCCAACUAGAGUGCAGAACAGUUGGAGAGUCUGCAUUGACUAUAGGAGGCUAAACCAAGCAACCAGGAAAGAUCAUUUUCCCCUGCCAUUCAUUGAUCAGAUGCUAGAGCGCCUGGCAGGUAAAUCUCAUUAUUGUUUUCUUGAUGGUUUUUCUGGGUAUUUUCAGAUUAAUAUUGCUCCUGAGGAUCAAGAGAAAACCACAUUCACCUGCCCCUUUGGCACUUUUGCCUAUAGGAGGAUGCCCUUUGGUCUCUGCAACGCUCCUGGUACCUUCCAACGAUGCAUGCUUAGCAUUUUUAGCGACUUUCUUGAGAGUUGUAUAGAGGUGUUUAUGGAUGAUUUUACUCUGUAUGGAUCCUCUUUUGAUGUAUGUUUAGACAGUCUGGAAAAAGUCUUGAAAAGAUGCAUAGAAACAAACCUUGUUCUCAAUUUUGAGAAAUGUUACUUUAUGGUUGAACAAGGUUUGGUUUUAGGGCAUAUCAUUUCUGAAAAGGGAAUAGAGGUAGAUCCUGCUAAGAUAUCUGUGAUUUCGCAGUUGCCUUACCCCUCUUGCGUGCGAGAGGUGCGAUCUUUCCUUGGACAUGCAGGUUUCUACAGGCGCUUCAUCAAAGAUUUCAGCAAGAAAGCGCUUCCCUUGUCCAGACUGCUGCAGAAGGAUGUUGACUUUGUUUGUGAUGACAGAUGCAAGCAGGCUUUUGAUUGCCUGAAGGAAGCUUUGACCACCACUCCUAUCAUUCAGGCACCAGAUUGGACAGCCCCAUUUGAGCUCAUGUGUGAUGCGUCUAAUUAUGCAUUGGGGGCUGUCUUAACACAGAAAAUUGACAAGCUGCCAAGAGUGAUCUACUAUGCUUCACGCACUUUGGAUGCUGCUCAAGCAAACUAUACCACCACUGAAAAAGAGUUGUUGGCAAUUGUUUUUGCCCUUGAUAAGUUUAGGUCAUAUUUGCUUGGAUCACCUGUUAUUGCGUAUACUGACCAUGCAGCUCUUAAGUUUCUAUUGAAAAAGGCUGAGUCAAAGCCUAUAUUGAUCAGGUGGAUGCUACUGCUCCAGGAGUUUGACUUGCAUAUUAAAGACCGGAGUGGAGCACAAAAUCUAGUUGCGGACCACCUCAGCCGGAUUGAGAGAGCUGGGAAUGAAGUUAAUGUGUUGCCCAUCCAGGAUGACUUUCCUAAUGAGAGUUUGUUGAUGAUUUCUUCUUCUCACCCCACUCCUUGGUUUGCACACAUUGUAAAUUAUUUAGUUGCUUCUGUUUUUCCUCCCUUAGCGUCACGUGCACAAAUUUCUAAAAUUAAGAGUGAUUCUAAAUAUUAUGUUUGGGAUGACCCAUAUCUGUGGAAGUUGUGCAGUGACCAGGUUACUAGGAGAUGUAUUCCGGACCAUGAAACAAAUGGGCAGGCUGAGAUCUCCAACAGAGAGAUUAAAAGGAUUUUGGAAAAGAUUGUCCAGCCCAACAGGAAAGAUUGGAGUAGUAGACUGGACGAUGCUCUUUGGGCUCACAGGACUGCCUACAAAGCACCAAUUGGGAUGUCUCCUUACAGGGUCGUCUUUGGAAAAACAUGUCAUUUACCAGUUGAGAUUGAGCAUCGGGCAUAUUGGGCUGUGAAGACUUGCAACUUCUCCAUGGACCAAGCUGGAGAGGAAAGGAAGUUGCAAUUGAAUGAAUUAGAUGAAAUCCGAUUGGAAGCCUAUGAGAAUUCGAAGUUCUACAAGGAAAGGACCAAGAGGUUCCAUGAUAGCUCCAUUGUUAGAAAGGACUUCGAGGUUGGCCAACAGGUUUUGCUGUAUAAUUCUAGACUCGGCCUCAUGGGUGGUAAGUUGAGAUCAAAGUGGACUGGACCCUUUGUUGUGACUAAUGUUUAUCCUUAUGGUGCAGUAGAAAUCCAGGGUCCAUCUGCAGCUAAAAGCUUCAAGGUGAACGGGCAUAGACUGAAGCCCUUCCUCAGCAAUCCUUCUCUGUUGGAUGCAGUGGUGGAGGAGACAUCUUUGGUCUACCCCACCUACCCUCCCACCUGACUCAGGGAGUUUCUUCUCUCCUUCCCUCCUCACUUUUAUUACACUUUGUCGAUAUCUGAUGACUGUUUUGAUUGCUUGAUCUGCUGAUUGUGACACACUGAGGACAUUGUGUCGUUUAAGUGUGGUCUAUUAGGGGAGGUUGUUUCUUUGUAUGUAUAUUUCAGUUUGUAUGCAGUUUGUUGUGUCUUAUGUACAGUUUUUCAUGAUUUUCGUGAAUUCUGGAUUGUGAUUAGGUUGUUAGUUUUCCUGCACUUCAUUAAUACUCUGAAUUGUUGAAAUGAAAUCCUUACUUUUCUUUGCUUGGGAGAUGAUCAUGAUAUUUGAGAGUUGAAUUGAUGGUGACCCUAUUACCUGUGUGAGAUUUGAGCCAUUUGAUGAUCUUUCUUGUGUGUGAUAUAUGCCUUGAUUGCUUUCACAUAUGUCUUGGCUUCACUCUUUUAAUUGAUUCUUGACUAAUACGCAUGUUUGAAAGGGAUAAAGGCAUUUUGUUGUUGAGCCUCUAAGCCAGAUAAGCCUACCCUGUUUUGAUCCAUUGAUGACCCUUUUGAGCCUAUGUUUUUCCCCAUUUCUUUGUUUUGAAGCUCAUACACCAGCCCUAAGUGAAAAACCAUUAUUACCUGAGCCUUAGGGAAUUUUAUAGCUUUGGAAUUGUUUUGGGAAUAAGUGUGGUCUCUUGGGAAUUUCAGAUGAAUUGGCUAGUGAGUUCUCUUCGUAUCUUGUUUCUGUUUGUAAAUAUGUGGUACAUCUUGUCUCUUGAAAUUGUGUGUUGAACAGAGUAAAGAAAAGAGUCAGGAUAAGAAAAAAAAAUCAAAAAAAAAAAAUCAAAAAAAAAAAAAAAAAAAAAACUCAAAAAAAAAAAAUUGUGAACAACGGUGAAUAAUGGAGUUAAUUAGAGGAUGGAAUUAGAGGUUGUAGGUGAGUGUGAAUGCGUUUAUACUUGUUCCCCAUUGCUCAUCUAUUCCUUAUGGUUUAUAGCUUUUUAUCCAGAUAUAUCCUUCCUUGUCCUUGACCCCAUUAUGACCAUAAAAAGACCUUUUGAUUUGAACAUGCGUAUCUGCUUGAGUGUUGAUAUUAGAGGCUUGCCAAGCCUAUUUGUGUUUGCUUUCUUGAGUGCAUUGAGUGACAUUGAUUUACCUUAAACACUCGAGAGAAACACUGAUUGUGUACAUCUGUGAGGCUCUAUUGCUGUCGAUUCAUCUCUUGAACUGAUUGAUUGUUUCCCUUGUACUGAACUGUUUGGAUGAUUCUUUGAGUAUUUGCUUUCAUUGAUUUUGUGUAGGAUUCUGCCUGUACCUUUUAUUGUCCAGAUUUUGUGGGAAUUGUGAAAGUGUGUUUCUGUUUUGGAGUUUGUGCUGUCUGUCAAGUCUGUGUCACUUUUCUAAUGUUUGAACUGCUCCCUGGUUUUGUGUCUUAAGUUUGCCCAGGAGUGCAAACGACUAAGUGUGGUCUAUUUUGAUGAGUCAUUAUUUUCUUCACUUCACUUAGUUUACUGUACUAAAAUUAAUCAGGGAGUUGUGCUUAAUUGUCCAGUAUUUUCCCGUUUUUACUGAUUGUGCUUAAUUUGAUCAGAAAUUCUUAUUUUACUUAAUUUGAAUUAUCUGAGAAUAAUUAUUUACAUUAGUGAGUGCAGGGAAAAUUCUGUAAAUAUUUUAGAACAUUAGGAACAAUAUUUAUUUACACACUGUGUUAUCUAGUCGAAGCCGUACUGCAUUGAAUUAAUCUGUGUAUUGAUCCGUAUAAUGAAAUAUUUUUCUUGAGUUUGUAAAAGCAAAAUAGGCUUGGCAUCAUUACACCUCACGGCAACUCUUUGGAUUCAAAUGAAGAAUUUUGCAAAACAUUUAGCCUAAGUUGGAAUGAAAGAGAAGAGACCACCAAGUUCCAUGUGCAGCCCACUGUUUUAUGAAUUGUUUUGGAAAAGAAUAGCAUUGUCUUAUGUAUA